GUGGUGGGCCUGGUGGCGGCCUUCGUGGUGCUGCAGCUGCCCUACAGCCUCGCCCUGCUGCUGGACACGGCCGACCUGCUGGCCGCCCGCGAGCGGAGCUGCACUGCCAGCAAGCGCAAGGACGUGGCGCUGCUGGUGACCAGCGGCUUGGCCCUCGCCCGCUGCGGCCUCAACCCCGUGCUCUACGCCUUUCUGGGUCUGCGCUUCCGCCAGGACCUGCGGAGGCUGCUGCGCGCUGGAGGCUGCGGCUCCGGGCCUCACCCCCGCGGCCGCUGCCCCCGCCGGCCCCGCCUUUCUUCCUGUUCAGCUC